UUCCUUAAGUGUAACAGAUUUUAUAUUGUAGAAAAAAGAAAACUAUUUUUAAGCCAGUAAUUUGUGAAAUACUUGAGAAUUUAAUUGCAAAAUGAAGAAAACCAAGCCCGUGCUGUAUGAUCCACUAAUUAUUAAUCGAGUAAAACAGUAUUUGGAAGAGAAUAUUGAUAAAACAUACUUGGAUGUGGGUGUAAUGACCAAACAUUUGCAAGAUCGCUAUCCCGAAUACACAAGACGUAAAGUAGCACCAUUUCGGGCAUUAGUGGAACAAGCUUAUCACGUGGUUUCUCAAAGUUAUGGUUUAAAUGAUCCUACAGGUAGUGGAGAUGAAUCUGAUGCCUCAGAUCUAGAAGUUAUGGAUGACUCAUCAUCUAACAACAUAAUGAGCAAUAUGAUGAGCAGUUUAUAUAAUAAUGGUCCAAAGACCAAAUCGACUGCCGCUACUUCGUCGAAUACCACCGCCAAACAACAAUCUGGCGAAGCCAUUGACAUUAGCAGUGAUGAGAGUGGGGAUGAAGGUAAUCCUACUAAAUCAAAUGGCAAAUCUUUAGCAAAAAUAGCGGUGGCUAAUUUGCCGUUGGUAAAGAAUUCGGCAAUAACUGUGACAAAGUUACCACUAAAUCCUGAACGGCCAUCAAACAAGGGAUCAUCGUCCACAGCCUCAACUACAACAGAUUCCAAUUCUUUGCCGCCAUUACAGCCACUCCAACAACAACAACAGCAGCAACAGCAGUCGGGCCAUAAGCGCCAUGAGAAUGUAUCGGGAACGGCAACAAGCGGUGGAGGACAGCCGACGAAAAAACGUAAGUUGGAUGAAACUGGUAAACAUACGACUAUCUAUACGAAAAAUCCUAUGUCAAAUCAAUUCCACAAAUUAGACAAGCACGACAAUGGCAGUAACCCCUAUAUACUGCAGCAGAUGCUGCGGCACAAUCAGCAGCAACGUCAUCACCAAUUAGACAAUCACCGGGAGAAUAGCAAUGAUCCCGAACGUCCCUUUCCCAAUCAUGGCAGUGGUCAACGUUCUCGCAAAUACAAGAAAGAGGUACAAUUGCGCAAAUCACGAGAAUCUUUCCAGGAUAUUGGUGGCAUGGAAAAAACUCUCAAGGAGUUGUGUGAACUCUUAAUGCAUAUUAAGUCGCCAGAUAUAUACUUUGUGUUGGGCCUAAUGCCGCCAAGAGGAAUUUUGUUGCAUGGUCCACCGGGCUGUGGUAAAACUUUAUUGGCCCAUGCCAUAGCAGGGCAAUUAAAUCUACCUCUUAUUGAGAUACCAGCUACCGAAUUAAUUGCUGGAGUUUCUGGUGAAUCUGAAGAACGCAUACGCGAUGUAUUUGAUCAGGCGGCCACCAGUGCACCUUGUGUUUUGUUUAUUGAUGAAAUCGAUGCUAUAUCCUCGAAUCGUUCAAUGGCCCAAAGAGAUAUGGAGCGUCGCAUUGUUUCUCAACUGAUUAGCAGUUUGGACAAUUUAAAACUGAGCGAGGGUGGUCAGUCGGUGUUGGUCAUUGGAGCCACUACACGACCGGAUGUACUUGAUCCCGCUUUAAGACGUGUGGGUCGUUUUGAUCAUGAAAUUGCUAUAGGUAUACCCACACGUAAAGAUCGUAAAGACAUUUUGACAAUAAUAUGCGAGGGUUUGUCGGUGGAACCAAAAUGCGAUUUUGACAAAAUUGCCGAAUUGACACCAGGUUAUGUAGGAGCUGAUCUAUUGGCCCUAGUAUCUCGCGCAGCCACCAUAGCUGUUAAAAGGAAGUGCUCUGAACAAAUGCGUGCUUUCCAGCUUAAGACCCAGCGUAAUAUAACCAUUGUUGAUUUGGAUGAUGACACUGAGGAAGCUGAGAACAAAACUGAAAAAGACAAGGAAAAGGAGAAGGACAAAGAAACCGAAAAGGAUAAUACCAAAGAGGCUGAUGUAGCUGAUGAAGCUGCCUCUAAGGCAGACGAACAAACUAAAGAAACUAAAAAAACUGAAAAAACUGAUGAGGCAGCCGAACCAAUGGCGGUUGAUACUACCACAGAUGAGGCAGCAAAACCUGAUGCAGAGAAACCUGCUGAAUCUGAGGCCACAUCCAGCAAAGACAAAUCCGAUGAUGUCGAAAUGAAUGAUACCACCAAGUCAUCAGAUGCUGUUGUUGAGCCGGCUGAAAAAUCGAAAGAUGACAGUAUUACAAAUAAAAAUGAAGAAACUGAGAAACUUAAACUGCAUGAUCCCACUUUGUUUGAGCUGCUAAACUGGUUGGACAAUCCUCCCGAAGAUAUCACUUUUGUUUCUGAAUUUUGCAUAACUUUGGAUGAUUUCUGUGAUGCUGUGAAAGUUGUGCAACCCUCGGCCAAACGUGAAGGUUUUAUUACUGUACCCGAUGUUACCUGGGACGAUGUGGGCUCUCUACAAGACAUAAGAGAAGAAUUAAAAUUGGCUGUUUUGGCUCCAGUUAAGUUUCCAGAGAAAUUGGCACGUUUGGGUCUUUCGGCACCCUCGGGUGUCUUAUUGUGUGGUCCACCCGGUUGUGGCAAAACUCUUUUGGCCAAGGCAAUAGCCAAUGAGGCAGGCAUUAAUUUCAUUUCCGUUAAAGGUCCCGAAUUAAUGAAUAUGUAUGUGGGUGAGAGUGAACGUGCCGUCAGGGCAUGCUUUCAGAGAGCUCGUAAUUCUUCACCUUGUGUUAUAUUCUUUGAUGAAUUUGAUUCUCUGUGUCCCAAACGUUCCGAUGGCAAUGAAGGUGGUUCGGGUACUCGCGUGGUUAAUCAAUUGUUGACUGAAAUGGACGGUGUCGAAGAUCGCCAAGGAGUAUAUAUAUUAGCCGCUACUAAUCGUCCUGACAUCAUUGAUCCCGCCAUCUUACGUCCCGGACGUUUGGAUACUAUUUUAUAUGUGGGCUUGCCAGAGCUGCAAGAUCGUGUUGAAAUCUUAAAAGCCAAUACAAAGAGCGGCACCAAACCUGUUUUGGCUGCAGACGUUAGCUUCGACGAGUUGGCUUGUUUGACAGAUGGCUAUACCGGCGCCGAUUUGGCUGGUCUUGUACGCCAGGCUUCUAUGUUGGCUCUUAAAGAGUCUAUAAAUAAUACCGAAUUAAAAUUGGAUGAUUUGUGUGUGAAUCAAAGCCACUUUAGAAAAGCUAUUCAUAUGUUAAGACCAUCAGUUAGUGCGCAGGAUCGCAAAGUUUAUGAUAAACUUCGUUUAAAAUAUGCCGCACCCCGAGUACCGAUAGCUGAUGAAAGUGUUGUUUAAAUAUUAAGUUUUGUUUUUUUUUAUAAAUUAAUUUUUACUGUAAAAUUCUUCUUAAUAAAUAAUUUAGUUUUAGAACUAACAUGCAAACAAAUCAACCAACCAACCAAUCAAGCAACUAAUAAUUUCUAAAGUGUAAAACAUUUUUUAAAACAUAAUUUUCAUUUUUAUUUGAUAAACUUCAUUAUUUCUACAGAAAAAAAAAACAAAAUACAGCAACCGCACUUCACAUACAUCAUACGUGUAUUGUUAAAUGUGAAUACAUAUAGUUUUAAUUUAGUUUGUAAUGAAAAGAAAAAGAAAAAUAAGAAAAACAGGAAACAAACAUUUAUUUCAUCAAAACAUUUGAUUGGAUUUUGUGAAAUAAUCACAUCUCAUUUAUGUAUGUAUUUACCAUUAUAUUAUUUACAAAUUAAACUAUUAAUUGAAAUUAAAACACAACAA